UCUGACAGACUGGUAUUCUGUGAGCUUCCACAAAACACCAGAGAACAGUCUGUUCAAACCCUUGGCGGAAAACACAUGUACUUAAACUGGUCAAACAUCUUUACAGCACAGCCUUCCUUCAAUGUCUUUCAAGGGCUCUAUGAAAUGCCCUGUGCCUCCGUCCAGCCCCACAACCCUGGAGGCCAAGGUUGAUGACUUACGGUUUAAAGUGGAGCAGCUCCUCUUGAGCCCAGAGAGAAGUUGCCCCAUGUGUGGGACCUGCGUUCAGCACAGCACACUGCAGGAGACCGUGACCAGCCAGCUGUCAGCUCAGACCAGAUUGUUGGAUUCUCUUGAAAAGAAAGUCUUGGAGAUGAGAACAGCUCUGGAGGACCUGGCGCGUGGUCUGGAGGACAGUCAGUGUGAGAGAGUGUCUGUGCCAUUAGUGGCUCUACAGAGACGGAAAUCACUGCCUGUUCGAACCUCUGCGGAGGAAAUCUAUGUUCGCUUGGACAGAGACUGUAUGGUGCCACAUGCCUUUAAUAUGCCUUCGGAGAAAGGUAUUUUGCUAGAAAUCAAUGAAAACAACGGAACGAGAACAGAGGACCAUCAACCGAAGAAAGAUUCAACAGAGGUUAAAGUUCAACAUGAACCUAAAUUGCAGAUCAAGGGAGAAAGAGGAACAUCCACUGUAAGCCCAAGAUCGGAUCUAUCUCAACAUCAAACACAGAAAAUGAAUAAGGUUGAAAAUAAGAACAUGCCACCAAACGAGAAUGAUGUCCUGAAAUCCGUCAUUGCUGCAUCAGUGGUGACCCAGAGGAUUGUUAUUGCUCCACCUAAGACGGAAGCCCAAGAUGACAGGAAAACGUCAAAGCUAAACACCAAAGCACCUGUUCCUGUGACAACGACUGGGGUUUUGCCCAACACAACCGGACCGAAGCAUACUGAAGCAGUGAAUGUAACCCUACCAAAUCAUACCGUACCGAAAACAGCUGAACUGGUUGUUCCAGCAAUGCCUCAAUGUACAGCUCCAUUGGUACCCAACAAUCCUCCCAAGCUGACUUUACCAGAUUCAACACCGACCCAAACAUUUACCAAAACAAGUCUGGGUCUUCCUGUAGCAACUGUGCAGAGUUCUGGAAAGUCAUCAGUAAAUACACCUGCAACAAAAAUGACAACAUCACAAGAUGCAACAUUGUUACCACCAAGCCACAAACCACCAAAAUCAAUGGGUCUGAAUGUUACUACAGCCACAAAAGAGGCUUUCGCGCUCAGACAAGUGCAGAGCUUCCCUAAUUCCUUACAGAGAUUACAGGUCACUGGUGGAAAGGCAGAUUUGGUCCACACAAUAUCAACACCUCUGGCUAAUAAAGGGACCGAAGCAGCCAUAGCCGCAAACCAUGUUUCAGGUGGAAUACAGAUUAAAAUAACUCCAGCUACAGACAAGAAUCCAGUACAAACGAAGAGCAAUAACCCUCCUAAAACAUGUUUUAAAGUUAUUGAUGAUGUUUCACCACAGCCCGCGCCUUUCAAUCACCGGUUUGUGUCGCUGAAGUCUAACCCUCCACCCAGUGAUACCUUCAGUAUCCACACCAGAGAAGUGCUGGGAGGUGGUCGCUUUGGCAAAGUGCACAAAUGUACGGAGACUAAGACAGGGAUGAGACUUGCUGCUAAAAUCAUCAACACAAGAAAUGCCAGAGAAAGGGAUAUGGCUCUAAAUGAGAUCCAGGUCAUGAACCAGCUAAGUCACCCCAACAUCCUUCAACUUUAUGAAGCCUUUGAGGUCAAGAAUCAAGUUGUGCUGAUCCUGGAGUAUGUGGAGGGAGGUGAGUUGUUCGAGAGAAUUGUGGAUGAGAGCUGUCCGCUGACUGAGGUGGAUGCCAUGGUGUUUGUGAAACAGAUCUGUGAGGGUGUCCAGUACAUGCACCAGAUGUAUGUACUUCACCUGGACCUCAAGCCGGAGAACAUUCUUCUUGUGAAUCGCUCUAGCCAUCAGGUGAAAAUUAUUGACUUUGGACUAGCGAGGAGAUAUAAACCACGAGAGAAGCUCAAAGUUUCAUUCGGAACGCCUGAAUUUUUAGCUCCGGAGGUGGUGAACUUCGAUUUCGUCUCCUUCCCUACAGAUAUGUGGACUUUGGGAGUUGUCACAUACAUGCUCUUAAGUGGCCUCUCUCCUUUUCUGGGUGACGACGACAGCCAGACCCUCAACAAUGUGCUUAUGGGCAACUGGUACUUUGAUGAGGAUGCAUUUGAGCACGUGUCUGCUGAGGCUCGGGACUUCGUUUCCAACCUGCUGAUCAGAGAAAGAAGAGAAGGCAACGGUCUCAAACACCCAUGGCUUAACAACAUCACUGAGAAAGCCAAGAGCACCAACAUUGUGCUCAAGUCUCAGACUCUUCUCAAGAAGUAUAUGGCCAGACGAAUGUGGAAGAAAAACUACAUAGCUGUUGCUGCAGCCAAUAGGUUUAAGAAGAUCGGAAGUUCAGGUUCCCUAACUGCGCUUGGGUCAGAGACGUCCUACUGACUGUGCUCACUAUGUGUGCUUUUAUAAUAUGCAGAUCAUGUCUUUGUAUUGCUGUGCUUUAUUGCCACCCACCUUUCGUAUUUGAAUACUCUCUGGCUGCCAAUAUAAUUAUUCAAAUGCAUCUGCAAUAAAACUGAU